AUGUUCUUCGACGCCCGAACUGCUCUGGCUGGGAUUGCCCUGAUCUCCCACGUUGUCGCCGCGCCUCUGCUGGAAGGAAGAGCAAGCUUAGACACAUCUUUUUGGACUCCCCUUCAUCGCGCAGCCCAGCUUUCCUCUGCUGCGUACACUGGCUGCACCGGCAAAGCUUUCGAUAUCACUGUCACAAAGUCAAUUUAUGAUACCUUGACCGACACCCAGGCAAGAAAUACUGGAUUUGUUGGGUACUCGUCAGAGAAGAAGACCAUUGCUGUCGUCAUGAGGGGCUCAACUACUUUGACUGACAUUAUGAACGACGUCAGCACCACCCUCGUCACUCCAUCUCUCUCUGGUGUUAACUUCCCCUCGGGGGUGAAGAUCAUGAGCGGUAUCAACCGCCCUUGGAGUGCUGUCCACGACGGAAUCAUUUCCGAAGUAAAGACUCUUAUCGCAAAGUACCCAGACUACACCUUGGAGGCGACUGGACACUCUCUUGGUGGCUCUCUGACGUACAUUUCUCACGUGGCGCUGGCCCAGAACUUCCCCGAGAAGCAACUCACCAGCUAUGCUAUGGCUGCUUUUCCCAUUGGUAACGAGGCCUGGGCCAACUUUGUAGGCUCGCAAGCUAAGGGUACUCUCUACCGUGGAAACAACAUCGGUGACGGUGUUCCUAACAUGUAUGUCAACAUUCCUUACAGCUUCAAACACUACGGAACCGAAAUCUACAGCUCUGGAUUCCAGGCCACCACUCUCAAGUGCUCUGGGCAGCGCGACCUUUCUUGCUCUGCUGGAAAUGGCAUGUACGGUGUCACUGCCGGUCACUUCCAGAGCUUUGGUAUUACCCUGGGUGCUGCUGGCUGUGGCUCCCUCCUGUUCUUGCAGUCGCUCUUGGAGAUUCUGCUUCAUGAUCUUUCGGCACUAGGUUCCCUUUUUGCCGUUAUGUUCAAGCGCCCUUUCGCAUCUAAGAACCGGGCGGGAAAGAACGCCAAGGUUGCUAAGAAAAGACACGAAGAGCAGGCGAAGGAGAAGGCGCAUCAAAAGAUGGACAGUCUCUCGAUGGGAAGUCCGCUGACCAGCCCCAUCGUUACGAUGAUUGUGGGCGAGGAUCAUCGUCUCUUCGCCGCCCAUGAGGAUAUUCUAUCCGUGUCGCCAUUUUUCAGUGCCGCCCUCAAGGAGCAGUUUCUGAAAGAUGGUGCUAAGGAACUGACUUUGCCCGAUGAAGAACCUGAAAUCCUGUCAUGCAUUCUCGAGUUCCUGUACAAGGGCGACUAUUUCCCCCGCUUGCUCCACGGUAAGCGUCGCCACUCUUGGUCCCUCGAGAACGCCCAGGAUGUCAACGAAACUGGUGGCCGCGGCUCGAGCGAGGCAACCUUCUUCCACCCUGGAGUGGGAGAUAUCAUCCUCCGUGACACCGUGGUGUACUGCACCGCCGAGAAAUACGGCCUGGAAGAGCUCAAGCGCAUUGCUCUCCGAAAGCAGGGCCUCCAGAGUGGAAUCCCAGCCGAUGUGGUAUUGAGAUCUGCUCGAUAUGCAUAUGAUAACACCCCGGAGACUGAUUCUCGACUGCGCGCUCAUUAUCUGGCUCUCAUCAUCCGCACCCGCAAGACCUUCAAGAGCAGCGGAACUUUGCAGAUGGAGAUGGAGAAAGGUGGCAAGUUAUUUUUCGAUUUGUUUGUGGCGAUGUGCAACCACAUGGACGACCUCUCGGAAUUGCGGUACGAUCCACCUUCUCUCUCGUUCUAG